AUGAGCUGUGAUCACUCGUUUUGUCCGAUCGUGUUCAUUCGAUCUGCUGAUCGGCAUAUCACUAAUGAGGACCCCUGUACCAUUAGCUGGUCAAGCCAACAGCUAAAUAUACUAAGGGGUAUAGUUGAACGUAUUACUAGCCCCAAAGAUCAUCCAUUCAGCGUGACUUUCAAUUUCACAGAAUUGAGUAACUCGUGGCAAAUAAGCAAGGACCGCAUCUAUGCAAAGAUUAUUGAGCUAUAUUACAUCAGAGAUACAUCAACGAACGAUUUGGAUCUCGAAGAUUCUAGCAGUGCGAAUAAACAAAUCCGGGUCGGAUCAUUACUAUCUGACAAGAAAUAUGAAAUGUUUCAUCCUAUUCGUGAGCUGGAGCUGCUAAAAUUCAAUUCCCCAGAUUCGAAUCUCAGUCACACAGCAGAGUUCCACUACAGACAAUCCUCCAUUUCGGGGCAGAACCCUUUUUUGGGUAUCGGAUCUCCGAGACUGGGUCCAUUGGAGCCAGACAAUUUAAACUCCGGUUCAAGUGAUGGAAGUGAUACAAACCUUGCAGUAACUUCAAUUUAUCUCUAUCGAUCGAAGUUCAUACAUCGCGAAACUCCAAAUCAAAUCAAUCAAUCUGACUACGAUAUAGAACCAGAAAACAAUGGCUAUGAGUAUCUAUUGGCGGGGACAGCCGAAAGUUUAUCAAAAUCAUUAUUGGAGCAAGAGCUUCUGGAUCGCAUUUAA